UUACAAAUUAUUCAUUAAUUUGCUUCUCAGGAGAGAAAAUGAGGACGCUGAUCUCUGCAGGUCCCGCCUACAAGGAGUAACACGGCAAUCAGUGAUGGUUAUGGAGGAUGAUGGAGUUACCCUCAGCCAAUCAGAGCCAGACACCCUGUCAGCAGUGGGCGGUCCAGAACGGCUGGUCCACAGCUUCCCCUCAAGGACCCCCUCCCUUCAACCCUCUGCCCAGCUUUCAGCAUCUCAACCUGGGCUUCACUUCUGACCAGAUAUCCUCCUAUGGCCACCUGCAGCCGCCCAACCAGGGCUGCCUGAGCACUCAUCAUAGCUCAGUAUAUCCUAAUAAUGCUGACCACAGUGUGCAGCAAAACAUUCAUGAUUCCCAUGUUUCACCCGUAGUUCCUGCCUCAAACCAAGGAAAACAUAUACCUCCAUGCUCUCUUCCCCUUAUAAAUGAAAAUACACAGUCUUGCAAGCUCCAACAAAUGUCACUUUACUCCCCUCAGAGCCCUCAUCAAGCAAUAUCUGCCCCUUUCCAGGCUCCAUACACACACCAGGGUUCACUGAAUGGACCUCAGUCGCCACAUCAAACCUUUAACCGUCCAUCAUUUGGACUAAGUGUAAAUCAGACUCCACAGUGUACAACUCAGCCUGUAUAUGAUGGUGCAAAUGUGCAGUCUGCUGUUAGUACCGGAUAUAUCCACAAUCAUGCCGUGCCCACCUGUCCUCUCCAGCAGCAGCCUCAGUGGACUCUCCCACCUUACAGCAGAGGAGCCAUAAAUGAGUUUGGCCCUGACACAGCUGCACAGGAGAGGAGCAUCGCGCCUCAGUCUCCCAACUCUGAGUCUCGUUAUGGCCUGGACCCAGAGCUCCUUCCCAGUGCUGUGAAGGUGAUGGCAGAGGACAGGGCAGAGUGGGAGAGGAAGGUUUUUGUCUCUGAGCCUUUUUCCCGUCUUCCUCCUCUUGCAACUACUUCCUGUAUCAUAGAGGACAGAGGUAAUGCGAGUCCUUGUGUCAUCCGCUGUACUUCAUACUGUGUGCCCUGUGAAGGUCAGACAGCCCUACUCAGCCGUCUACCGCUGGGAGCUUUGGUCACUCCACUGGCUAAACAAAAUGCUAAAGAGAAGCCCCUGCCGCUGUGCAAAGAGCCAGAGUGCAUUGUGGGUUGUUGUUUGUGUGGAGCCUCUAUGUGCCCUGCUAUGGGCUGGCAGGACUGUGGUCAGAGGUUUUACUGUCCCUUCUGUGGGAAACUCAAUGAAGUGUUGUGGCAAAACUAUCAGCCGACCGAAGGAGCAGUCGGGGCUCGGGUUGAUAAAGACCAGAGGCCUGAACUUCAUAUGGGGUCUUAUGAGAUCCUCAGCUCUCAGAAGGGUGAACCUGCUGCGCUGAUUCUAGCCAUAGAUGUGUCUGCUUCAGCACUGAGAGGAGGACAUUUGGAGUUUGUAACACAACAAAUACACACUCUGCUCACCUCUCUGAACAGGGAGGAUGGUGACGUCCGGAUUGGUUUGAUGACGUAUGACAGCAGGAUCCACCUGUAUGACCUCAGCCCUGCUCUUUCACGCCCGCACAUGCUGGUCAUCACAGAGAAGGAAGACCUGCAACUUCCUGUGAGGGAGGGGCUUCUGGUGUCCGUGAAAGACUGUAUAGAGAGCGUUGACAGUGUACUAGAGCUCAUUCCUCAGUUUAGUCCGGAGUGUGAUGACUCCAGUGGAGUUCCCAUGGAUCUGCCUAUCAAAGCAGGACUUGCUGUACUGCAGGCGCUGAAUUCUCCUGGAAAGUUGCUCAUCUUCCAUACUGCCCCUCUGAUAGAGAUGGGACACACACACUCCUCCUCAGGGUUCUUUGGCUCCAACAGACCAAAGUCCAUCUUUCAGCCGUCGGAACCAGUUGUAGCAUUGGCCAAGGAGUGCGUCCGUCAGGGCUGCGGCGUUCACCUGUUCGUCCUCUCCCAGCAAGACGUGGGCGGUGCUUGGCCGGGGCAUAUUCCAUAUCUAACAGGUGGAGCUCUGUACACUUACAGCCACCUGCAGGGAGAAUUGGACAAGGAGCGUUUUAGCGCCAGUCUAAAAAGGAUCUUAGAGACGGACACAGGCUACAAGGCUGAACUCAGGAUUUUUGUCAGUAAAGAUAUGCGUGUGUCCGGCUGUUAUGGACUGUUUGUCCCUGGUCCUAGUCCAAGCCAGGUCCCCAUGGCAACCCUUGAUUGGCAGACAACACUGGCUGUGGAGCUCGCACACUCCAGAGCUCUGGAUCCGACGAGAGGUGUAGCCCUACAGGUUGCGUUGUCGUACAGCACUCAGUCAGGAGACAGGAGGACCAGGGUUCACACUGUGACUCUGAGAUGCUCACCCCACCUACAGGAAGCUUUCCGGCACUGCCAGGCCCAAACACUACUCGCCUUCUAUUGCAAGAAGAUGUAUUGUGCCGUGUUGGAGCGCCCUCUACAAGAGCUGAGGGAGGAACUGCAGACGGAGGUAACAGAAGCAUUGGCCUCUUACCGAAAACACUGCUGCUCUGCUUCAGUGUCUAGUGGACAGCUCAUCCUUCCUCAGUACCUGCGAGCUCUCCCCGUUUACAUCAACAGUUUGAGGAAGAGCGAGGUGCUGCUGCCAGGCCUGCGGAGCUCUGUCCACCAGCGGCUGCAGCAGCGUUGCCAGGUGCUCGGCAUGGACACCUUCACCAACGCCACACACUUCUACCCUCUGCUGCUGCCUCUGACACUGUCAGCUGACGGCUCAAGCCCUUUAAACCCAGAGGAGCUGCGCUGCUGUGCCGCCAGCCUGGAGCCCAGAGGUCUGUAUUUGGUCCAUGCACCCCUCACCCUGCUACUCUGGGUGGGCAGCCAAGUUCCAACAUGCACCCUGGUGGAGCUCUUCAAUACCAGCUGCUUCUCCUCCCUGCCCUCUGGAGAGACCAAACUGCCUGCUCUGGAAAACCCUCUGUCCAUCAGUAUUCGAUCACUCAUCAACACACUGAACUCCCAGGUGCACUGCGCCCGCAAGCUGUGGGUGGUGAAGCAGGGCGAUGCCUGCGAGGAGACCCUGCAGCGCCACCUGGUGGAAGACAAGAGUCCUAAUGGAGGAGCAUCCUACGCAGACUUCCUCUACCAUCUCCACGUCAACUCUAUCCGAGCACUGCAAUGACCGAAAUCUCACACACACAUAUUUCUAACCUGUCUGGCUGCAUCAUCAGGGUAUCUGCAGGUUUCAAAAAGUCUUAAAAAGCAUUGAUUUUGAUUUCCUAAAAAAGAAAAAAAAAGCUUUAAAGGCCUUAGGAGGUAUUUAAAACUCUUGAAUUUCAUAUUUUCUAGCCUGCUAUAGGCAGUAAUGUUAAUUAUUUGUAUAUUUUUUUACUUUUGCAAAACCUGGCAGGAAAAUACGCAGUUUUGUUGUUCUCGACCUCUGACCUUAAAUGAAUUAGUUAUUUUUAAAAUUGGUUAAUAUAUCCAUCAAUUAAUCCAUUUUUUAUGCUGCUUCGCCACAUCCAGGUCAAGAUUAAUGAGUAAGUAGUUAUAUAUUUGGUCAUUCAGAAUUGGUAUAUACUGCCAGGAAGUAAUGUCAAAAAUCUGAAAUAAAUUUAAAUAAAUUGAAAUUUAUUUCACAUUGCACUUGAUAGAUAAUUCGAGUCUUUAUCAUCGCCAACAUUUUUAUUAAUACCUUUCAUACUUUGACUGUGAAACAAGUAUUACAUUGAAUUCUAUGUUGUAUUUAAAGUUUUAAAUGCCAGUGAAGCCUGCAGAAACCCUGAUUAUGUUCAACAGGAGAGACACUACAACAUAUUCAGAUAAAAAACAAAAGAAAAGAGAGGGCCAGGAAACAAUAGUAUUACUAGAAAUUAUUAUAAUGUGGAAAUAUUAAAGGCCUGUUGUCAGAGAAUCAGACAGCAUGGGGACAUUUUAAGAAACAUAAUAUAAUUUAUUCAACGACUGCUGUGAUAUAAUGUGUUUGUGUGACGGGUGCUAUGUUGAAUGUAAUACAUGUUGUUGUCAAAACGUGUUUAUGAUAUCAAUUUAUUCCUGAGUCACAACAAUUCUCUAAUCCCUGCCUGA